AUGAAGCUAUUUGUCACUUUUGGAGCUGUGGCAGCGCUUGAACUUAUUCCUGUCACACCACCACCGACAUGCCCUGAUCUAGACAAGAAUGAGAUUUGCAGCUCUGCCUGCGCUCAAGAGCUCAAUAACUGCAAGGAAGAAUGUGACCCUGAAAACAUAACUUGCUCAACUCGAUGUGAUGCGGAGGCUCUUGACUGCACAACUGCCUGUCCCUGCAAUUCGGGCUGUCCAGGUGGCUGUGAUCAAUGCUCUGACCAUCCAACAUGCGAGUCUGGUCUUGAUGAGUACAUCAUGAUCCUGAAUCCUUAUUCUGCUCCUUACGGAGACGUUUUUCUGGUUGAGCUUGCAAAAGAUGAAGUUCAUCUUGGAUCUGUCAAUUAUAACCUCAAUUUUUAUGACAUGGAAGACUCUUGCUAUGCUUUCAUGAAAGGCGAGCACUGGUUUCUCGGAGGAUACUACAAUCCUCAUAUGAUCGCAAAGCUCAGUCUUGAUUCCUGUUCAAUUUGGCCAGAACAAAACGUCUUAGAAGUGACACAUAUUGAUGGAGUCUGGGGCUCGUGUGCUGUGUACAAUGAUGUGACCCACAUGUGUUUUGACGAGGAAAGCACUGGUUUCACAAAAUGCCAGACCUUCGAUGGAGAGAAGCAAGCUUUGCUCGAUGUAGAGUCAAACGAAGAACAUGACUGGGCGGCUAUGACUGUUUAUAGCAACAAGAUGUGGGUUGUCGGGGGCUGCAGCGAAACAACAAAUCGUUGUCAUAACUUUGUGGAAUCAUACGACGGACGAGAGUGGUCGCUAGACCCUGCUCACAAUUUCCCUGUUCCUGAGAUUUCCGGGCAUGUCCUUGUUGCCGAUGCACGUGGAAUGUACUCGCUUUCCGGCCGACCAUUUAACCUUUCCCAAAAUAUGUCUGACGCUCAGGCUGGUGCAACAUAUUUUACCUCUGCAAAGAUGGUCGAUGGAGGUUAUGCUUAUGGCGGAGAAGAUACGUUGGAAAAGAUAACUCUGAGCGAAGAAAAUUUCGACUCCGUUAAUCUCGGAGAAUCUCCCCUUGGUGACGUGUACGAUCUUUACUACGCAGCUAUGAUUCUCGUCGAUGGACCUGUUUGUGGUUCCGGCUUUUUAUUUUAA